AUGGGCAAUGAGCUCCUCGUUCUCCAUCUUGUCGCGCCCGCGGUAGAGCGCAUACACCUUGCCGUCAUCCGGGGCUCCUGGGACGUCCUCAGGUAUGCCUUCAGCGUGGUGGUCCUUGGCAUCUGUCUGCUCAACUUGGUGCCUGUGGCGUAUGAGCUGUGCGUCUCGGCUGCUCUUGGUGCAGGCUACGACGUGACCCGGUGGCGGUGGUUUGCGGCGGCGAGCGCAGGCGUCGAUGGCGUGGGCGUGGCUGGCGAGCGCGGCCUCAUCGCCGUUGUUGUCGCCUUUAUCACCACUGCCAUCUACCUCCAUGUCUCUGCCUUUUAUCCGUUCUUUGACCAGCACGCCGCCUGGCUCCCCUGGAUCGUCCUCCACCUCCUCCCCUCGCUCGUCCUCAACUCGGGCAUGCUGCUCUGCUUCGCCCUCGCCUGUCUCCGCUCGCCGGGCGCUGUCCGCCCGCCUCCAGGCGCGGAUCCCUUUGCCGCCCUCCCCUCGGACGUUGUCGCUCGCAUCGAGGCCAAGCUCGGUCCCGUCGGCGCCAUCCCUGGUGCCUCGCUCGCCCGCGCCCUCCGCAUCUUCGGCAUCCGCUGGUGCGGUUGGUGCCGGGUCGUCAAGACGCCGCACACGCAUCACUGCGGGACGUGCAACGCGUGCGUGCCGCGGAUGGAUCACCACUGCCCGUUUACGGCCAACUGCGUCGGCCGCGACAACAUCCGCCACUUCUAUCCCUUCAUCUCGUACACCGUCGGCGCCGCCCUCUACGCUAUGAUCCUCACUUGGCCGUCCUUCCGCACCUGUUACUGGGCUCUGCCGGGCAACACAGCUGCUAGCGCAAGCCACUCACACGCGCCGGACGCCAUGCACUCUGCCGAUCCCGAGCUCGACGCCCUCUGCGAGCGCCUCGGCUCGCGAAACCGCCUGCUGUUUCUUGUUGCGGUCGGCUCGUUUGUCGUCCUCGGCGCCCUCCACGGCUACAUGACCUAUCUGCUCCUCACCGGCCGCACCAUGCUCGAGAACAUGCCGUUCAUGUCGACUCACAAGCCUGAUGGCGACCCUGAGGGCGUCGCCGCUACCCGCUCGCCAUCGGCCAUCCAGCGGCCGUCGCUCCGCGAGUAUUAUGACGGCCGCGAGCCUGAUGACGCUGACGAUGACGACAACGACUACAGUCUCCACCCCAAGCAACGCUCCUGGCUUCGCGGCCUUGCACGCGCGCGCGCCAACCUCGAGCUCGCCUUUGGUCCUGUGCACCUGUGGUGGCGGUGGUGGUUUCCGCUCGCCGAUGCCGUCUACUGCCUUGCCACCGGGCGCAGCUUUGGCCGCCCGUGACUACUUUGUCCUCACGCCGCGCAGCUUCUCGGUGAACUGGUAGUAGAUCCAGUCGCCAUCCUGCUCGUCGUCGUCGUCCCCGUCGCCGGCGCCCAUGCCGGUGCACCCGGGCGUGGUGAGUUGGAUGCGAAAGACGCGCGAGCCGUCGCGCGGCUCCUUGGGCACCAGCUGCUCUUUGGGGAGAAAGUGUGGGAGGGUGAGGCCGCGCGCGGCGCGGAUAAGAACGUGCAGCCGCGCAAUCGGCAGCUGCUUGGUGGCUGUCAGCUCGGCGCCGCGCAUCACC